AUGAAUUAUAGAAGUGCUUAUAACCUCCGCUACGAACCUUCGGAUAAGUCACGGGAGGUCAUAAGUUCAACUUCGAAUACUUAUCUAAAUGAAAUUGCAAAAGGAGAAAUUCAAGACAUUGAAGAUGAUUCUGUAGAGAUUAUUGAAAUGACAACAGAAGGAGUGAUGACAUCACCAUCUAUCACUGAAAUACCAAGUGUUGUGACUGAAGAAACUGCUUCCUCAGAGAUUUCUUCAAGUAUAAUGAGACCGGAUACAGCUUCGACAAACAAAGCUGCCCACAUAAUUGGUGAAGGAUUAAAGAAUCUGCUAUAUGGAUCUGCAUCAGAUGCGACACUUUUUCAAGCUCCUAAGGGCAAGGGAUUUUUAAGUUUAUUUGAAGUUUUCAAAUUUGAAAAUUCGAAAUGUUCGGUUUCAUUCAGUGACAUCCGGUUGUUGCAUGGAAUAUGCUAUCAUGAGUUUGAAUGCAAUAGUUUAGGUGGUACAGCGAUGGGGGCCUGUGCCAAUGGUGUUGGAGUUUGUUGUGUCUUUGUACAAGGAUGUGGUGACAUAACCAAUCAACCGGUAGUUUAUUUUGAAAGUCCCAACUAUCCUACACCUGUGACGGAAGGCUUGAUUUGUGUUUUAAUUGUUAAUUUGAAACCAAAUGUUCGACAAGUUCGAUUAGAUUUUUUGAUGUUUGAGUUAAAUCGUCCAACCGAUGGAGAAUGUUUACAGGAUCAAUUUGUGGUAUCCGGUCAAAAUGUUAAUUUUCAAGUUCCGAUCAUCUGUGGCAUUAAUACUGGUCAACACAUUUAUGUCGAUGUUGACAAUGCAAUAGAAAAUAGAAUCUACGUAUCAGUAUUCGGAAAAGGUAUUGGCCCACGAUCAUUCAACAUUAAAGUUACUCAGUUAGAACGAGAUUUUGCUCCAGAUGAUUGUCUUCAAUUCUAUACUGAACCUGAAGGAUUUAUAAAAUCUUUCAAUUAUGAUCAAUUUGGAACUAUUGUGGACUCUGGGGAAGUGACUUAUCUGAACAACCUUAACUAUGCUAUUUGUAUAAAACGGGUCAAACAGAUGUGUACGAUAUUGUAUCAAACAGACUCAAAUGGUGAGCCAAACGAGUUCGAAAUAGUAAAUAAGGAUGACGAAGACAACGACAUCAUCCCCAAAGACCAAGCUGGAGCUGGUGCCCUCAGUUGUCCCAAUGAUUUCAUUAUACUCAAUCAAAUUCGACUUUGUGGUGACCGAAUAAAUGAUGGCACUAUCGAUGAGGACUUUACAAAAAAUGCAGAUGUUCGUGACUCAACAGGUGGACCAAUAAUUGCAUCCGUCCGAAGUGAUGGUGCAUAUGUUGGUCGAGGAUUUUUUAUAAUGUACAAACAAGAACUUUGUGUUUAA